AUCUUCGUGAUGCGUCGCUGUCUCGUGCUCUGCUGUUUCGUCGUGUGUGGUUGGAUUGGUGGCUCCUGCGGUGGCGGCGUAGAAGCACAGAGUAUUGACUGCAAAGUGACAGCGGAGUCAUUUCUGGAAUCCAACAACUGCGGGACCUGCACAGUGCACUGCAAGCAUAGUUGUCAUAAUGACACCGAAGUGGAUGUCUUAGGCACUGGGUUCUACCGUCUGACCUCGUCCAUCUGUAAGAGUGCCCUGCAUGACUUGCGCAUUUCGUCCUGGAAUGCCAGUGCAAGGACAGUCACUUUCGUGGCCUCUCCACAGGAUGACAGACGCAGUGACUUCUCAGGAUCUGUCCGUUUUAACGUCCCUUCAAAAGACUGUUCCCUGACCUCUAGAUAUUUCAAUUUCACCUCACCUAGGAUCACCGAGGAAGUGCUGGAUGUCACCAUGCUCCAUCGUAACUUUAUUUAUUCCGUGAAAGAGACUCCUUCGCAAGAAUGCCACGUGCCUCCUGGAUAUACGGCACACUUUGAUUACGCGCUUAAAGAACUAGACCUCAAGCGUGCUGUCGACCUCUCACCUUCGCCCAACAACGGAUACUACAGCAUCGCAUGGCCGAAGACAAUUUACCGCCAUAUUCCUACCAACAUGUUCUGGUGCAGAAUCCAGGGCAGAAUGACAUCGGACAUUGCAUCUCCCGCUAUGUUCUUCGGUGACGUGGAACCUGGUGAUACAGCCGUUCCGUUCCUUCCAAAACACUACACGACCACCGUAAGCCUGGAUGAACGACUGGACAUAGAAGUUGUUCCACUGAGACCAGGCGAGGUGACGUCGUGGGUCAAGGUGGAUGGGAGUGGCCAUGGCAACCAGCCUAGUGUGAACCACGGUGGUGUCAGAAUGCAUCUACAUCGGGACAGAGCUGCAUUGCAUCAUGGCGGAGUAUACGUCGUCAACGGGCCAUACACAAGAUCUCCCAGAACGAACCGUGCUCUGAUACGCGUUAUCGUGCGAAUGUGCCACGCUAAGAGAUACGGACCCUUGUGCGAGCAUGCGUGUCCAGCCUGCAGGAACGGUGGCGUUUGCCACGACAUCACCGGUCGAUGUAUCUGUCCACCAGGGUUUAAAGGAGAAUUCUGCGAAGAACCUUGCGGCGAUGACAAGUUCGGGCAGAACUGCCAGAAACGUUGUUCCGACACCAACCCCGACCCUGAGUCGAAAACCUGUUCUGGCAUCAUGAUCUGUCUUCCCGAUCCUUAUGGCUGUUCUUGCGGAACUGGGUUCAAAGGUCCCUUCUGCAACGAAACGUGUUCUGCAGACGAAUACGGGGCCGACUGCAAGCAGAACCGCACCUGUUUCUGCAAAAAUGGCAGCCCUUGCAAUGGCUUCACUGGAACCUGCCUACAAGACGAUGGACAAUGUCCCGAUGGAUGGAAAAACUCACCUUACUGCGAUAUCAGCUACCCACUUCUUAAGGACAAACCCAAUAUAUAUAUCAGUAGCACCAGCGCUACGGUGUCCUGGAAGGCCUGGAUGUCUGGACUAGACACUGGAGAAGGAGUCCCUAACGCGUACUUGCUGCAGCACAAGGAAGCUACAGCGGAGGAUUGGGUGACUGUGGUGUAUCCUCGCGAUUCAUCUGUAAGAUACGGAUACGGAUUCCAUGUGCUCACAGGAUUGAAACCCUACACAUUCUACGAUGUCCGAGUCCUAGUGAGAGACAGCGACAACAAGUUCCGGAUAAGAGGAGCACAAGAAGCACACUUUCGCACGCCCUGUGGACGUCCUUCGGAAUCGCCUUCUUCCAUACGGAUCGAUAAUUCUCGCAGCAGACUGAUCAUUGUCAAGUGGGAGAAUCCUCCUCGGCGGUCUUGGAACUGUUCGACCGUCAACGUCACCCUCAUGUACAACGACAGCAGAGCUACAUUCAAUCUAACACAUUACCCAGGAUCCCACCCAAAAACUAAUCACUCGUUCCCCACAAAGCCGUAUACUUCAUGGAACAUCAAACUUCGUAUGGAGACUCCAGAUGGACAACCAGGAGAAUGGACUGCUAUGACUGCUAUUUUCUCCGCUCAAGAUGCUCCGUCUCCGGUUCUUGGUGUGACCGCAGUACAGAUACAUCCUCGGAGCGCAAUCAUUGGAUGGCUUCCACCCAACGAGCCCAACGGGAUCCUCCGUAACUAUGGAAUUACGUACCAGGCGGAAAGGCUCUUAGCGCCACAAUGCUACAAAAGUGGAAAGGGACAGAUGAACAGCAUCAACGUGACCUACGGCGCUCAACAGAUAACGCUUACAGGGUUGAAGCCAUAUGCUCAAUACGUAUUUGUGAUCAGAGCUUUCACCAUCAAAGCUGGACCAGAGACGACAUUGAGAUUCAACACCUCAGAAGCAGUUCCUGAUGGAAUGGCAUCAUUCACGUCUCCUACCAUAAAACGAGAGUACGUGGAGAUAAGAUGGUCUGACGUUCCGUGCGACCAAGCCAAUGGGAUCAUCUCUACAUAUCACGUGACUGCCCGCAGCCUGGACCCGUGGGACACGGAAGUAUACAAUCAAACGACCACAAAGAACAGGAUAACCUUCAAUACCUUAGUGCCAUACAACCGCUACGAUGUGCGAGUGAUCGCCGAAAAUGGUGCUGGACUAUCGAGACUACACGAUUACAUGAACUUCACCACACUGCCAAUAGAGCCUCUCGCCCCCACCUCGCUCGUAGCAGAACAAGAAUCAAGGACGAGCAUUUCCUUAACAUGGGACGCUCCAUCUCCACCUUACGGUAUCAUCGCGAACUAUACGAUUGUUUUUCGACCACAACAGCUAGGUUACUCUGAGAUGAAGAAGGAAAUCGGCGCCAAAGACGCCAUCUGUCGUGGAAUGAAAGAUGGGAAGAAACAGUGUUUUACCAUCGAGGAUCUUCAGCCGGACACCAAGUACUCCAUUACGGUGUCUGCGACUAACGUAGGAACAAUGAGGGGACCCCCAUCGGAGGAAAUAGAAGCGGAAACGAAAGAAUUACCUCCCGAUCCACCGAGAGAAUUGUCUGUCACGGACAGAACAGAGCAUAGUAUCAGGGUAGAAUGGAAGGAGCCGAUACGCAAGAAUGGAGUUCUCAGGCAGUACAGACUGAACGUAUCGUUGGUGCACUCAUCUAACGAGGAGCUGCUGAACACAAGCCGUCCAUAUUCUGCUGUCUUGCGGAAUACCUCCAUCCUAUGGCAUGACCUGAAGUCCCUGUUCCCGGGUUCCAGUUACAAUGUGUGCAUACAAGCAAGCACAAGUGCAGGUUUUGGACCUCCUCACUGCAAAGAGAUCAGCACCAAACUAUCAGUCAGCCCUAGACCAGGCGGAGAAACCAUCGUGGCAGUAGGGGUCAGCGUUCCUGUCAUAUUAGCCAUUUCAGCAACGGCGUUAUACUACCUCAGCAGACGCAGGCGAAACAUGUCCGUUGAACUGAAAACUGCCCCAGCACCUUUUGCCACAAAUGAGGUUCUGGGCAUACCCUCUGCAGGAAAUGAGGUUCUGGACAUACUCUCUGCAGAAUAUGUGGAGUGUGCCCCGGAAGCUGAAGGGUAUGUCGUCAUGAAUACACCGCGGAGCAAAGGAAGAAAUGCAGCGUUGAUAUCGGUCCAACAAUUUCGGACGCAUGUCAUCAACGCUGAGGCAAACGGCGCGCUCAAGGAGGAGUACGUGGCUAUUGACUCGGGUGAGCUGCAUCCGUGCGAAGUUGCAGAAAGGCCAGAAAACACGCAUAAGAACCGAUAUGGGAACGUUCUGCCAUACGACCAUUCGCGCGUUAUUUUGUCAGAGCCUCCAGAUGGUGGGUCGGAUUAUAUCAACGCAAAUUAUGUUACUGGUUACAAUAACGACAGAAGGUACAUCGCAACGCAAGGUCCAACUCUCGCAACAGUCACCGACUUCUGGCGCAUGGUGUGGGAAUCUGGUAGCUGCAAGAUCGUCACGCUUACCAGUCUGGCGGUAAAGUGCGUCAAGUAUUGGCCAGGAUCAGUGGAGCAAUACGGCGAUAUUGAAGUGAGGCUCCAUCACACCGACACCACGGAUGACUUCGUUAUAAGAGAGUUCGCUAUGUCACGGGCAAGUAGAAGCAUGUAACAAUUAAAAUGGUCGCCUACCCAUUAGUAGAGAACCCAUACGGACAGCGCUUCACGGUUGCUUCACUGUAGGAAGAGAAGUGCCGACAUCUCCUGCAGUUCCA